AUGGCGAGAAUCGCGUUAAUGGCUGCUGCAGUGGUGCUGGCUUUUCUUGCUGCGGCGCCGGUGACUGAAGUGGCGGCGAAGAAAUGGACGGUGGGAGAUAACAAGUUCUGGAAUCCUAACGUCAACUAUACAGUUUGGGCUCAGGACAAACAUUUCUACCUCGACGACUGGCUCUAUUUUGUGUACGAGAGAAACCAAUUCAACGUCAUAGAAGUGAAUGAGACCAACUACAUUAGCUGCAAUUCCGAUAACCCAAUCGCUAAUUGGAGUCGUGGAUCUGGAAGGGACGUUGUUCAUCUCAAUGUGACCAGACAUUACUAUCUCAUUAGCGGUAAUAGUGGUGGUUGUUACAGCGGCAUGAAGCUCUCUGUUUUAGUUGAGAAACCUCCUCUUCCUCCACCAGCUUCAGCACCUAUCAUAAACAAUGCAAGAAGAGCCUUCACCGUCUCAGGUUUUGCUCCUCAGUUUGUUAUUCGGGUCGCUGUUUUUGCAGUAAUCGGGUUAUUGUGGGACAAUGUUGGUACUGGCCUUUUUGGUAACUAG